AAGACGACGCGGCUGCAGCACCUGACGCUGGCCGAGGACACGCGGGGGAUGCUCACGGAGCUGCGGAAGAGGGUUCGCCUGCUGCUCCUCACGAACGGCGACAGGCAGACGCAGAGGGAGAAGAUCGAGGCGUGCGCCUGCCAGCCCUACUUCGAUGCUAUCGUUGUAGGGGGAGAGCAGAAAGAAGAGAAACCGGCGCCAUCCAUAUUUCAUUACUGCUGCGAUCUCCUGGGGGUGCAGCCCGCAGAGUGUGUGAUGGUUGGUGACUCUCUAGAUACAGAUAUUCAAGGAGGCCUGAAUGCUGGCUUGAAAGCAACGGUCUGGUUAAACAAAGCAAUGACCACCCCGGUAGAUACCUCCCCAGUACCUCAUUAUAUUAUUUCUUCUGUUCUGGAUCUUCCAGCAGUUUUACAGAAGAUGGAGCACAACAUUAAUGCUAAGUUAGGAACUGACCAUAUGGCUAGUAGCAAUGAAGCACAUUGAUGGUUCCAGCAUACAGAGACCUGCUGAGCUGUUAGGUGACACAUGCUCUUUUAAAAAAUUUGACCCCGGGAGUUUGAACUCAUGUAUGGAAUGCUCUUUUAAACAGCAGAUGCAUGAAUAAGAGCACAGUUGUCAGUAAAAACAGGAUAGAAACACAAAAUUAUAUUAGUUUUAAAAGAUGUAAGUGCAGUUAGUUUAAAACAACUGCCUCUGCCUGGAAAUUAUUUUGACAGACUGUGGUAAAAGUCUAUCUGUCUCUCACCUAAGUUGCCAGUCUCUUGUUUUUAUAAUGGAAAAGGAAAUGUGAAUGUUUUGAGCUUUCACAUGCUUUGCUGACUUGUGAGUUUAGUAGAUGCUUCAGUACCGACCUUGUGUGCAGUGUGUAAGAGAAGGUGGGAAAGAGAGUGUGGUACAAUCUGGUAAAUUUUCACAAUUGAUCUGCAAUUUAUCUCAGGAACUGGAGUGAAUUUUGCUGUUUCUCAGACCAUUAGAAAAUGCUCUACUUUUGAUUUUUUUCAAGUUUUAGAUUUUUUUUUCAGACUUUGCAGUGACUUUUCAUUUAUGGAAUCAGUACCUCUUGCCAUAAGUACUUAAAUGUACAUUAAAAAUUGGCAUUUUUAUAGGGGACCUUUUAUCAGAAGGAGUUGAUGGAUAAGCUUUUACUUUAUAUUAUCUUGGUGCUUAUGUAGCUAUACAGUAUACUUGUGAUUCAGAUUAUGAUUUUUGUUGGAAUGUAAUUGAUAAAACAGGGAUAUUUUCAAUGAUCUUACUGUACUGUCAUACUCUUCAAAUGCUAAUAUUAUUGUUCUGUCUGAUUUUAUUAAUGAAUUUUGAUCAGACUUUUUGGAGAAACUGUUCUUGGUCUUGCUCAGGUGUAUGACUACUCAGAUUCAACUGUAGGAUCAGUGCUUUUUUUGGACUGUUUUAAUGGCACUGCUAUAUAAUCCCUCCUUACUCCAGUUUCUACAUGUAAUUCGUGUGAUUUAUUCUGGAGAAAAUACAAGCUAGUUGUUUAUAAAUGGCUUUCAUGACUCUCUUCCAAGAAAUUGGAAAAUUAUGUCAUAUAUAUUACAGUACUGUGUACAACUUUAUAAGGUAUGUGUGAUAUUUCCUCUAGAUGCAGGAGAUGACUCUCUAAAACAGUAACAUUUCUCUUUCCCAGAUCAUUAUAUUAAUUUGUUUUUUCUGUACUUCAUAUUCUUACUAUAUAACGGGAAAGUAUUCUCAUAUUAAAUGGAAAUGUAAACACUUGUUGGAAAAUCUGUGUUUUUCAGCCCUGUUUGCUAUAUAUACAUUGGGAUAAAUAUCAGACUAUAUAUGAACAAUCAAAUUUUAUAUUUUAAAAUAAAUCCAUGUUAAAUCUUUUGAGAACAGAUAUAUUUAGAUGCUGGCAGAAGAAUGUCUGGCAUAUGGGCAGCAAUAAAAGAUCAGCAAAAAAUACAGAAACCUACCAUGAAAUGGGUGUGCAGAAGAAAUCCUAUAUGAGAGAGGUUCCUCCUUUUACCUUGACAUGAAUUUAAGUUAAUGCAGUUAAGUCUUUCAUAGAAUGACAGAGUCAUCAGGAUGGGAUGUUACAUCACGAGGGUGUUACUGGUCUGGGUUAAAUUAUUUGACAAGGAGUUUAAGUUGCAUCAACUUAUAUUGCUCCUACACUGGGGGGGAGGGGAAGAAAAGGAAAUACUUAUUAAAGCUGGAACCCCUUUCAUCCAAUUGUCCCUUAAAAAAGGUAGAGCAGUCCAGGUUCUUCACCCUAUCUAGCCAAGACUGUUGAGACAUCAGGAUCAAUGAAGAGCACAGAGACAGGCCCUGCUUACUCCUCUAAGGAAAUGGGGGGCAGAUGCUGAAAACGAUCCCAUUACAGUGGUACAAUAACAAGACUCAGUGGGACUGACUUGACACACCUUUCUUACUGAAGGAAGAGGCCUAAGUUAAAAUUUUAUUUUGCAUUUGAGGAGCAUGAAAACAGCCACUGGUUUAGGUGAUGAGCAAAGCAUUGCCUAUAAGAUUUCUUUCAACUGAGGAUUGACAGAAAAAUUAUUGUCAUUGAGCCUGUGAGAGAUACCAUGUAAAAACAGAAAUGUAUCCAAAAGGUUACACGAUCCCUGAAGUAAUGUAACCAUACUAUCUGAAACAAAAGCAACAACGUUGCUUGUAACAGCAUCCCAAAGGAGCUGCAGGGUAACUAACUUUGCCUUGUUUGCACAGCAGCAAGAUAGUAGAACUUAGGCCAGAAUGAGGUUUCUGAUACAGCUGAUAUUUAGAACAGCAAACUGAAAUAAUUCACAAGUCUAUCUGUGGGCUUGAAAGAUAUAUAUACACCAGGUUACCAUUUUUUUAUCUAAGCUGAGGCUUAUAUUGUCUUGCCACUGCAUCAUUCUGACGUGGCACACUGAGCCUGUUUAUUGUAUAAAGGGUCUCUUGUUUUAGAAGAGACUGCUCUUUGUUUUGCUGUGGCCAGCUGUUUUCUUACAUUUCCGACUCUAUGGAAAACCACUGUAACUGAAUGCUCAGGUGACAGUGUGGUCUGUAGAGGCCACACCCAAGUAUGUUUUUCCAUUUCUGAGUACUGUACCAGGAUGUGGCUGGUGUCCAAGUAGGUAAAGAGUGUUAUGAUGCUUCUAUAAAACAAGAAGAAAUUAUAGAAGAGUUUUCUCUAUCUAGGAGUCUUCUUAGAAGCAGUUACCCAAUAAGCUGGACUAGGUAUCUGGAGUAUCUCUAAAUGUUUUUCUUGGAUGGAGCUCUUUCAGAGAGCACAAUGAAAAAUAAUUGUAUUUAAUGAAAUGAAAGCAUAAAUGUAGUGAUGGGAUAAUUUUCACAUCAGAAGCAGGAACAGAUCAGUAAAACAGUUUAUUAACAGUUCCAGUUAAGUUCUGGUUUUGCUUAGUAUUAUGCUCUAUUAGCUAAGUUGUCUAGUUUAAAUUAUAUAGCCAAAACAUGCUUAAUAAAAAGAGGGAAAAUAAAGUCUGCUUAUACUUAAAAAAAAAAAAAUUCCAGAUAAAUAUUACCUCCUGAGUAAUCUACAGUAACUUUGACUUUAGUGAAAUGAACUGAAACAAUAGUUUAAUACCAACUGUAUUUUAAUUCUUGAUUUAAAAUAACCCAUGUACUAGUCUAA